AUGGAAGUCCCCAAAGAUUCCAAUGCCUUCUAUGAUAAUGAUUCCUUGACGAAUAGAGAUAUUAUUCCAAUUCCUCCAGAAAGAAGAACCUGGACAGCUUUUGCCUAUGCUACUUACUGGGCUAUCGAGGGUGUUUCUAUUUCCGGUUAUACGACAGGUUCGUCGUUGGUCGGUAUUGGACUUUCUGUGAAGCAAUCUAUUGCUUGUUCCGUUGCUGCAGGUAUUAUCUAUGGAAUCAUGGCUGUUGUUAUGGGUUGGAUAGGUUCUCAUCACCAUAUAGGUUUUCCGCUUAUUGCUCGUUUUAUGUAUGGUAUCAAAGGUGCACCUUUCGGUAUUGUUAUUCGUAUUACAACCGGUAUUAUUUGGUGGGGUGUGCAAGCUGUGUACGGUGGUGAAGCUAUUAGGGUUUGCCUAGGAGCCAUGUCGCCAAGCUUCUUGACAUGGGAUACCUUUAACAAUAAAAAUGGUAUUACCUCCUCAACAUUUGUUGGUCUUUUCCUCUACUGUAUUUUCAUGAUUCCUUGCAUCCGGAUUCCUCCUGAAAAGUUACAGUUUAUGUUCCGUGUGGUCAUGUUCAUCACACUAGGAGCUUUCUUUGGCUUACUUGGUUAUAGUGUCAAGAGCGCAGGCGGUGCGGGUACCAUGUUCAAUGCUCCUUCUACGACAUAUAAGACACGCUCUUCGCUAGCAUGGGCUUGUGUGAAAGGUAUCUUCUCCAUCGUUGGUACCACCGGUACAGGUAUCCUUGGUCAAUCGGAUUUUACAAGAUAUUCGAAACGUAAGCAUUCCCCCGUUCUCGCCCAAUUAAUCGGCGCUCCAGUGGCAUUAACAUUUUCCUGUGUUAUUGGAAUCAUUACUACCUCUUGUGCCAAUGACUAUCUUGGCUACAUCCAAUGGAAUCCAGUUAAUUUGUUGGGUGACAUUCAACAACAUGAGCACAACUCCUCGGCUGCAAGGGCUGGUGUCUUCUUUGGUGGUCUUGCAUUUGUGUUACAGCAAAUGGCAAUUAAUUUGUUGCUUAACACUUUAUCUUCGUCCAUGGAUAUGGUUGGUCUCUGGCCAAAGUAUAUCAAUAUCAUGAGAGGCUCUACUAUUGUUAUGAUUGUCGGUAUCUUGAUCUGGCCAUGGAAGAUAUUGAGCUCAGCUAAAGCUGUUAUUAUUUUUGGAAGUGGUUGGGGAUGCUUCUGCUCCGCUCAGACUGGUAUAAUUAUUGCCAAAUAUUAUAUCAUUUACAAGAGAAAGGUCUUGUUGAAAGAUCUUUAUAUCAACAGUAAGGAUUCCAUUUAUUGGUUUUAUCAUGGAGUCGAUUGGAGAAGUUUGGUCGCCUUCGUGAUUGGUACUGUCUUCUUAAUGCCAGGUUUGGCGCUGGAUGUUGAUGACAAAUCCUCUUCAUUUUGGACUGGUAUAUACAAGGUUUCGUAUGCUUGGGGCCUUUUCAUAUCAAUGGGUGUGAUUAUUUCUUUGCACCUCCUAUUUCCAAAAAUUAGUGUAAGUCCGGUAACUAAAGUUGAUGAUGUUUAUACAGAUGAUGGAACUCCAAUUGCCUGGGCCGAUGAGUCUGAAUCGAGCGAAGGACUAGUCGAGGAAGUUGAGGUUCACAUCGAGAGCAAAGGUGAUACCUUUAAUUACAGUAAGUUGGAGGCCUGA